GUCAAUAACCUAACACGCCGCUGUUCUCGUGUGUGAAGAACUGAGGAGGACCUAGCAACCAGGCUCUUGUUUCGCGGUGUGGAGUUCUCUCAAGCGCACGAAGGGAAAGAUGUGAGCCGGUAGUUUACACCGUCAUUUUAAAUGAACAAUGCUUGAUCUAUAAUCGAUUAAAUCUAGACAACAAUGUCAAAGUUGUAAGUGGGAGAGAGAACGUGGAUUAUAAAAUUUGGAGAUUGUGGCUACCAUGGAUAGAUCAGGAUUAUCCAGCAGAGGAACGGUGUCCACGGAGCGCCGCAGCGUACUAGACAACAUGUCCACAUCACAACACCCGACAGCUUCUUCGGUGACAUCCGGACUCUUUCGGCGACCAAUCAAAACAGCGCUGCACCAAGCGGUGCUCGACUGUCGUCUUCAUCAAGUCCGAUUGCUGGUCUCCAAACACAACGUAAAUGUAGACUGUAAAGACCUACACGGGAGGACGCCUAUGAUGUUAGCUUGUAUGAUCGAAGAAGAAUUUGGUUAUAAGAUGGCCAAAAUUUUUCUACACGCUGGAGCGUUUUUGAAUUUAAGAGAUGCGUUAGGAAGAACUGCUCUUAGUUACGCUUGCAUGAAUGGUCGUUCCUCUAUAGUGGGACUCAUCCUUAAGGAGGAUGUACUUGAUAUUAAUGAAGCUGAUAAUGACGGUAACACGCCACUACAUCACGCCGCAAGCAGCGGGAAUCCGUCCAUCGUGGAGAUGUUGGUUGAUUGCUUUGUGAAGUUUGGACUUGAUAUUGAUACGAGAAAUAGUCUCGGAUACACCGCGCUUCUACUGGCCCUAAAGAAAGGCCAUUUUGUGUCUGCACAUCAGCUACUGAAGAAAGGAAACGCCUCGCCGACAUUACGUGAUAAUGAAAUAUUCCUGAACGCCAGUGAGUGGGCACAGAGAGGAGGGAACGAAUCCUCCUCAAAGUAUACACCUCGUCGGACCCUCCCUUCCCUUCCUGCCAGCGCCACCACUCUGUCGUUCUCGCGGGAGUCCACCAUGUACCAAGCGCCCACCACCCAGCCUUGUAACCACGGCAGGAAACAUAACGACCAGCUUCCAUGGUCCGCGCAGUCGCUGAGAUUUCCAACCCUACAGAUGCCACAGGAAUUUCAAAGAAGUGAAACAUUUGUUGACGGGAUGGACGCCAGACAAUUAGUGUUGGAUGAGAUCGAUGACUUUGAAUCCGUCCAGCGUCCUACUUCUUACAAAAAAGGUAGAAUACCCCACCCGUCUACUGCCAAACUUAUGGCCCUCUCCAGGCGCACAAAGCCAGCAGUAAUACCCGACAUGACUACUAUAUUCCGAAUUUACUCUGACCAAUACCAACCAGACUGGAUGAAAAAGCCAGCGUUAUCGAAAAGUAUUUUAACUUUGUCGACAGCGUCUUCUCAAUCCAAUUCUGAAUCUGCCAUCGUUGAGGCUUGUACUUAGCAAGCGAAAAACAAUUGUCAUGGACAUGAAUCAUUAAUGGGUUAAUUCAAUAAAUUCUCGUUACUAGUAUUCUGUAUGGAUGUACGCAAGACACAGCGAAGCUAAUGGAAUCUGUGUGACUUGAGUGUUAUAUAAUGUAACCCCUUUAUAUCCCCUGGUGGCUACAGUUUCAGUAUUAUUAAUCAACAGUGAAAUGAGUGCUAUUCAUUUUAUUUUGUUUAUGCGACAAAUCCUGGUCUGCAUUUAGUCUUUCAUUUGUUAAGCAUCAGUUUAGUGGCUAUUUUGUUAAGGCCGUAUUGUCCAUAUUUAAUGUAAAUAAAUCCAUGUGAACAAUC